GCGCCAACCACUCACUCAUCAUGGCUCGCAAACUGGACUGGGAUGGCGCCCUUCAAAAUUCGGUCAAGUCCCUCAGCAUAAAGCCCUCGUUGAUAGGAUACAUCACGAAAGGUAUGGCCCUCUGCGGAAAAACAGCAUGUCCGCGACGCCACGAUGGCCUUUGACUUCGCAUUCACGUUUGCGAACGGAAAUUUGAAGACUACUCUUCUGCUUUUCUUGAUCAAGGCUAUCGCAUUGUUUAAUACAAAUGAACGUGAAGAAGCAAUAAUGCGCGUCAAAGAGCUAGCUGCUGGUCCCAGUGUAGAUCAAGUUGCCUGUCUUGUCGUUGUGGCGUAUCUCCAAGUCCAAGUGGGAACCAUCGCCUUGAAUAACAAGUUUUACAGCGAAGCUGUUGAAACUCUCACUGCCGCUGUGAGGGCCAGUGAUUUUUUUGCCAAACUGCCAAUCCAUACCAUGUAUGAGGAAUUUACUGUGCUCUUCGGGUGGGACCUCAAGUCGUUGUGGCAAUCCGCCAAUAGGCAAUUGUGCAUGGUACUCCUUCGGACAGGUAAAUAUGGACAAGGUCUCGAAUUGUACCGAUUCAUGAUGGAAGCAAGCGAUGAAGCUACAAAGGCUAGUACACGUGCUUGGUUCGAUGCAUAUGACGCAGCAUCUCCCGCGUCCUACCUACUACUAGAUCGUUGAUUAGGCACCAUGCACGAUACAGAUCUAAAUAUAGCUCAACCUACAUGUACUUGGGGAUCAUCUUUCCCCUAUUGAUGUCGAUCGUACGCAUUAUGCUAAUGUCUGUCCAAUUCGGUGUUGGCGUUCAAGGUGACGGUUUUCCACCAUGUUACGGUGCUCACCCACCUUUCAUUAGCCUUGAAGUAAAAUGUAGGGCGAUAUAUUUUGCCAAC